AUGGCGAGCACUUGGGUCUCUCAACUGGGAACCAUUUGCACCUCCAAGACCUUGUUUUUGAUAUACUCCAUCCUACUGCUCCAGGGGCCUCUCUGUGGAGAGAGCAGCCCCAUCUCCAGAGCCCAUCAGAGACAACGUCCCGCUCCAGGGCUCGGAGACGGGCAUGGAGGGGUUGUGGAUUUAUCAUUGCUGGAGCAGGAUGGCAACAUGGAUGUGCAAAACCUGCUGGAGAGCCUGAAGGAACAGUUUCUGCGGACUUUCAACCUGUCGGGCAUGGGUCCGUCUUCCUUGGCUCCUGGAAGCACACGACAGGAGCCACCCGAGUACAUGAUGGAGCUCUACAACCGCUUUGCUAAUGACCACAGUGCCAUGCCCACUGCCAACAUCAUCCGCAGCUUCAAAAAUGAAGAUUCCUCUCCCAGUGCUGUGGGUGUUGGAGGAGUGAGGCGCCACCCUCUCCUCUUCAAUGUGUCAGUCCCACAUCACGAACGCAUCACAGCAGCUGAGCUUCGCCUGUACACCCUAGUGCAGAACGAUCGCCACCUCUACGCUGGUGUUGACCGCAGGGUCACUAUCUAUGAGCUGGAAUCGCAUGACGAUAACAUGACAGAUGCAAACGCUGCCAGAGGAGAUGCAUUCAGUGCAGGAGAAGAGCGGAUAGAUUUGGUGGAACUGGCUUCACGCCAGGUCUACGGCACCGAUAAUGGCUGGGAAGCGUUUGACCUCACUGCUGCUGCUCAGCGGUGGCACAUGUCUGACCAUGGAACCACACACAGGCUGGAAGUGCAUAUCGCCAGCAUUGCUGAUGACGGUAAGGUUCAAGACAUGAAAGAAGACGACAAAGACAGCGGUCCACCACAAGGGGACAUGAAGAUUGACACAAGCCCAGAGGAAAAACACAAACCUCUGCUGAUUGUAUUCUCUGAUGAUCAAAGUAGUGAUCACCGUGAAGACAGGCGAGAACUGAAUGAGAUGAUUGACCAUGAAACCUCCAAUGUGGUUCUGCAGAAUGACUUGGGGACUUGGGGAACAGAAGAACGUGAGUCAGAUGAAGAAGACCUUCUCCAAAUGCGCUCCAAUCUGAUCUACGACUCAGCUUCCCGGAUUCGCCGCAAUGCCAAGGGAAACCACUGCAAGAAGCAAUCUCUGUACGUAGAGUUCAAGGACAUUGGAUGGGACAGUUGGAUCCUGGCGCCCACUGGUUACGAUGCCUUUGAGUGCAGUGGAAUUUGUUCUUACCCACUGACAAAGCACGUCACACCCACCAAGCAUGCCAUUGUCCAGACACUGGUCAACAUCAACAGCCCUCAGAAGGCAGCACGAGCAUGUUGUGUGCCCACCAAGCUGGACCCCAUCUCCCUGCUGUAUCUGGACGACACGGGGGUGGUCACCUACAAGUACAAGUACGAAGGCAUGGUGGUGGCUGAGUGUGGCUGCAGAUAGUCCACGCUGUUUUUAGAAAGCUAAACUCUUCAGAAAGUCUUACAAUAAGAGGAAGGACACAAAAUCAAUGAGAAGCUGAAAAGGGAGAUGAACUGAGAAUGCCUGCGAUGAAAGAGAGCGCCGAUUGCUACGAUCUCUGUAAGGGUUACUCAGUGGGAUUGAAAGUGUUCAGUCACUAUGCCUGAAACUAUAAGAACUCCAAAAUGCAUAUUGUGCGGACAAAUAUCAUAUCUUGUAUCAUGAGACAGAAACGAUUUCAUCUUAUAAUGCAAAGGUGAAUAUGGACAGUGGAGAAGAAGAGAGUAAAGAUGAGCAGCUUGUUGUCAGUAAUGAUGCAUGCCCUCAUCCCCACAAGACUAGAAACUCUCAAGAUUUCCCAAAGAACCAAGCCCAUCCUGCAGCCUGGUGGGAACUAGUGGGCCAGUUGUCCCCCUCCCUCUCCCCUUUCCCCUGACAUCUGCCUUCCUCUCCACUUAUCUCUGGCCUCCCCACUUGAUGCAAACACUAAUCAGCACUUCAUGUGCCUUGGCGCAGUAAAAUGACCUCCCUGAGGCAACCUGACAAGGCAUGAACUCUCCAGGCCCGCCGCCUGCCUCCUGUGGCCUCCUGAUACGUGGGUACUGUGUUGAGGUCCCAGUGUCAGGGUUAUCUAUCCUAACCCCGUUUCCCACUUCACAUGCCUCUUUUCCACUCCCCUGAGCUGCAGUGAUAGCAAGGUGUUAUGAGUUGAGAAACAUGUAUGCCACCACUCAGGCUUGGAGAACUUAAAGCCACUGUGGGAAGCUUUUGAGGUGAUGGUUAGGGGGAGUGGGGCAAGGGUGGGCCACAUUCCUGGGCAACAAACAUUCUUAACUGGUUUGUCUCACUGACCUAGCACUAUGUGCCCCACCCACCGACAUAUCUCCAACUCCUCGGUUUUCAUCACUUUGAAGGUAAAAUGGCUUUGUUGGAGCAUUAUUGUGGAGUGGGGAAGGGGCCACAUCAUCGAUAUAUGGAUUCCCAAAAAAAGCUAAAGUUAUUUUCUUUUGUUAGAAGCCUUUUGAUACCUCUGCUGCUUGUGUCAAAUAAAACACUAUUUAUUGUUCUAAUUUAUUGAUUUUUAUAACAGAGCAGAUAACUAUAUAUAUGUCAAAGUGUAAGUCAGCUUAGAGAAGGUUUUGCAACCAUGA